GUUUAUUAUACAAAAGCUUCUGGAGAAGAAAACAUCUUUUAUAAAUUAUGAAAAGUUUCUUCAUUGCUUGCUGUCUGAUUGCAGUUGCAUCUGCACAGUGGAAUCACAAUAAUCAAUGGAAUCAAAAUAAUCGUUGGAAUAACAACAACAACAAUUGGCAUCAACCACCAAGACAAGACAUUGUUCGUGAACAUUUACCGAAUGGUCAAGUGAGAUGCCGUUUACGAUGCGAUCGUAGCUUAAGAGAAUGCCCAAUAGUUGCAUGCCCACGUGAUGUUAUCCCUUCAUUGCCUCCACUUGACUCUCAAUGUCCAGUCAUAAAUUGCAUGGAAGACGCUCACAGACAUUUCGUUUUCCCACAUCCAGAUCCAAACUGGUUCUACCAAUGUCAAUUAGCUAAUGCUGAUGGUCUGUGGACUGUUUUGACCAGACCAUGUGGUUGUCAAACACUUUUCAGCUACAACGAUCAAAGAUGUGUUCAUCCUCGUGAAUGGGUCCGACAAUGUAAUGCUUCACCGGUCAGUCCAGUUGCUGCAGAAUGCGCUUUGGAUUGCCCCGACUGUAAUGGUAAUGGACAAGUUCCCCCACCUAUCGAAGCCCCACCAGUAAUUCCUCCACCUGUAAUCCCACCACCAAUUGAAGGUCCACCACCAAACCAACCUCCAAAUGGAUGCCCAUGCAUGCCAUGUAUUUGGUGGCCUUGUGUCCCUUGCAGUUGUUAAACGAACAUCAGAUUUUAACACUUUAUUAAAUAUAAAAUUCUUUGUUCACAAUUUCUUUGUAUAUCAAAGAUAAAUAUGAAUUAUUAAAAAUAUUUCUUAGUGUUGAGCAAUGCACAAU